AUGUCUACCUCCGCCUCCUCUUCCGGACCAUCGUCCGGCCAGACUUCCUCUUCCUCUCCCGCCAACACAAUCUCCUCUACCACGAUCGCGAAGCCCGGUGAGGUAGUGACGAUAACCACAGCAACGGUGAUCAACACCGCAAGCAAUCCUGACGGCACCACCACCACUACAACCACUACAACCACCACAAACAACACCACUCCAGCCGACAAGAAGAAGAAAAAGAACAAGGAGAACAAGAAGAGGAAGGAGAAGAAGAAGAAUAAGAAGAAGCAAAAGAUCGAGCCUCGCCUGCCGCAAGAAAUCAUCAACAAGAUCCUCUACCACGUCGUCGAGUCCCUAGAAUUUCCUGCCAAACAGCGCAUCUACACCGGCGACCAGCCCUACCCUCUUCAGGUCACUCACCCUCUUCGCGACCUCCUCACAGUUAGCAAGCACUGGAAGGCCGAGAUCGAGAAGUGCAUUGCCGAACGGUUUCCCAGUGGCCGAUUCAUCGUUGCUGUCACUCAGUGUGCACGUCGUGCCACCGCCAUCAGCACUAACAUCCCAAUCGUGACUGCAAUUGCAGCGCACUGGCCCUAUCGAGCAGCCAUAUUGGUUAGUCGCGGAGUUCAGCGCGGUGGGAGGGUCUGGGCUCAUUGGCGAGGGUCGAACAUGAGAUGGGGUUGA